AGUAAAUACAUGCAGAACGAACAGCUAAACGAAUUUACUCCAGCAGAGCAUAUUCAUCAGAUUCGCUCAUAUUUCGAUAUCAUAGACAAUGCAGUUCAAAUUGGUGACACUAAUAGAAAAUAUUCUGACGCAAAGAUUCCAUCACAACCUGGAACUGCUAAAGAUAACACAUGGGUAACAUUCAAUCUCUCACCUCCUGGUGAAAAUAUGUUGGACCUUUACAAUACAUUCAUUACGUAUAAAAUGGAAGGUCAAUUUAUUGUAGAUAAAGAAAUUGGUUCAGGUUCCAAUAAAACAAACCCACCAGGAUUUUGGAUUGGUUUCGAUGACGCUUUCUAUGCAGUUGCUGGAUAUCAAAUCCUUGCAAAUGGUCGUAUCGUAUAUUCUCAAGACAACGCAAGAGAAGAAGCAUAUA